UUGUUAUUGGCGUAGAGCAGUCAGAUGGUAUCGGCUGCUGCUGACAGGAUUUCCGUUCGGCUGUUGGUCGGAAUCAAACUUUCUAAUCCCCUGAUUUACGACGAUAACAUAUUGAACGAAAUGAUUGCAUAACACGUUCAUGACAUGUCUUCAAAACCGACGUGCUUAAUAGUGGCGAGUGCUGCUCCUCAAGGAGUCACAGCAAAGUCCUUCCAUCAGUCCUUCAGUCUCUGCAGCUCUGUCUUUAACCUACAGACAGCCACGCCCGGGGGGAAGCCUAUAGACUUCGUGGGAGUCGAUGAAAGCACUGCCAGAUGGGUGCAGGACUUCAGUGUGAAACCUUACGCAACACCAGCCAAGCUUGAAUCUAUAGAUGGGGCCCGCUAUCAAGCACUCCUCAUACCAGACUGUCCCGGGGCACUGAAUGACCUGGCACACAGUGGCUCUCUGCACCGCAUCCUCACACACUUCAUCUCCCAGCAGAAGCCUGUGUGUGCAGUGGGAUAUGGCGUGUCUGCUUUAUGCUGCUCCACCGAGGGACAACAGUGGAUCUUCAGUGGCUACAGUUUAACAGGGCCAUCAGUGUUUGAGCUGGUGCGGAUCCCAGACUUUGCCAACCUGCCCUUGAUAGUGGAGGACUUUGUAAAAGACAGUGGUGGCUCAUAUACAGCAAGCCAAGCAGAUGCCAUGCAUGUCGUCAUAGACAGACACUUAAUAACUGGUCAGAACGUCCAGUCCACUUCAGUCGCUGUGAAUAAUCUUAUCCUGCUCUCUACUGCAAGUAGAACCCCAACAUAAAUGCUUUAGUAAUGUGUGCAUUGCUUUUUUAAUUUACAGAUGUGUUUGAAAUGUAAUGGAUCAAUGUGUUUGCCAAUGAAAACUUCCUGGGAGAAAAAUGUGAAGUCUUCUUUAUUGAACAAAUAAAGUCAUUGACUUUUGAAUGUCAA